GACAACAAGAAGAAGAAGAAAACGACGCGCUCACAAUUGAAAUGUGCUAUUUUUACUUGGAGCUGUAUGCUUUGUUCCAUUUUUUAAAAAAACUUUUAUAAUGUCGAACAAUAUAGAAGUGACUCCAGUGAAGCGCUUUGGUCAGUGUGCUUACACAGCCGAGGAACAGCAGGCUGUGCAUAAUGCACUGCGACAAAAGCUGGGGCCUGAGUUUAUCAGUACCAGGGUGGCUGGAGGAGGACAAAAGGUGUGCUACAUCGAAGGCCAUCGUGUCAUCAGCCUGGCCAAUGAGAUGUUUGGCUUUAAUGGAUGGUCCCACUCCAUCUCACAGCAGAACGUCGACUUUGUCGACCUCGUCAACGGGAGGUUUUAUGUUGGCGUCAGCGCCUUUGUCAAAGUGCAGCUGAAGGAUGGCUCAUUCCAUGAAGAUGUAGGCUAUGGUGUCAGUGAGGGGCUUAAGUCUAAAGCUUUGUCACUGGAGAAAGCUAGAAAGGAAGCCGUCACUGAUGGCAUGAAGAGAGCGAUGAAGUGUUUCGGAAACGCUCUUGGAAACUGCAUCCUUGACAAAGCAUACCUGCAGGCCAUCAACAAGAUCCCCAAACAGCCGCUUCCCGCUCUAGACCUGGCCCACACCAAGCGCUCUGAAAGCGAGCCGUCACUGGAGAGGGCCCGUUUCUGCAGCCUGGUACAGGAGACCAAGCUGGUAUCCACCGCAGGCCCCACUGUCACCCCACUGGAGCCAAGAGUCUUCAACCAGAGAGGAACCUUGGCAGAAACCCCCAAUCCUAAUACUGGACCUAGUGGAGAAAUAAAAAGCGAGGACCCCAGGGACACGGUGGACGUGGUGGUCUCCGAAGUGCACACGGACCCCAAACAGUUGCGCAAGAUCCGACAACAGCAGCUGCAGCAGAAGUUCAGGAGAGAGAUGGAGGCCAAGAGGCUGCAGCAGGACCCAAAUCAUUCCACCAAAGCUGAAACCACUGCUGAGGUCCACAUUAGGCAUGCAUCCAGCGGAGGUGAGAAUACGACGACUGAAUUCCGUGUUGACUCAGCAGCAGGACGCAGAGAGCAGCUUGUAGCAGAUGAUCCAGAUUUCUGGAACUUCACCCUGGAUGGAAUCGAGGAGCUGGACGUCCCAACAGGUAGUGGUGGAGUGCCGCCCGCCAGGGGUCUCAGGCCCAGUACGCCUAGCAGCCACAAGAUGCGGACGCGGAGCAGGACACCGCAAAUGAACUCUGUUAGACGUCCAGAGGUGUCGUACAGCAUGGGACAGAGCGAGGUUCAGUACAGGAAUCAACAGCAUUCCAACCACCAUCAAUCAAGACCAGGUCAAGCAGUAAGUCCUUACCGACCAGGACAGUCCAUGAAGAAACGCAGACUGGAUACUUAACUUGAUUUUUAUGCUGGUCAUUUAAUUUCUGUUAUAAAGUUUUCUUAAUAAAAAAUACUUGUUUUAUUAGACAAAA